UCCAGCUCUGGUAAUCUGUGUUCAGACACACCGACGUACCGCUCCAGUCUCCGACUCCAGAGCAAAGCCCCCGCCCCCCGGGCACGGGGGAGACUCGGCAGCGGCUACUGGCCCCCACCCCGCGGGUGGCCAGACGCCAAGAGGUGCAGAGUCCGGCUGACGUCCCGCCUGAGGUGCUGGAUGCUCCUGGCUCAGACUCGAAGAUUGGAGGAAGCGGUUGAAUGAAGCCUCGGGGACAGUGCUGAGCUCGGCGGGUGUAACGGCGGCCACUGAUCUGAAAGUCGCAGCACAGCGAGUUCGCAGAGAAGAAGCAUGAGGUGUCUGUUGAUCCGGAUGUUCACUCUCCUGCUACUGUCCGAAGCCGUCCUGGCGGGUGGCAAAUCGUACUUGGGACCCUGUAAUGGCAGAGACUGCUCGGCAGGAUGCCAGUGUUUCCCAGAGAAAGGAGCAAGGGGCCGACCAGGAGUGCCGGGGCAAAGAGGACCCCAGGGACCCCCAGGACCCCGUGGCCAACAGGGAGAGGCUGGACACAAGGGAGCGAAAGGGGACCGGGGUGAGGAAGGGCUGCCAGGACCACCCGGAGACAAGGGACCGAUGGGAGUGCCCGGAUUUGCAGGGAAUGACGGAAUUCCGGGUCACCCAGGGCAGCCAGGGCCACGAGGACCGGCCGGACUCGAUGGCUGCAAUGGGACCAGAGGAGACGUGGGUAGACAAGGAAUACCAGGCCUCCCGGCUGCACCCGGACGACCUGGUGCUGAUGGAGUGAAGGGACAGAAAGGUGAACCAUUCCUCGUUACAAUGAAUGGGAAAAGCAACAGGGGCCGCCCUGGUGAUCCCGGACUUCCUGGUCAGCUGGGUGAUCAAGGAGCCCCCGGUCAGCCUGGUUACAGAGGUAUCCGAGGAUAUCCUGGGCCACAGGGACCUCCUGGGCCUCCAGGUGCUCGAGGACCAAAGGGAAACGACGCGGUCGGCUUCCAGGGUCCGAAGGGGGAGAAGGGUGAUCCAGGACUUCCGGGAAAUCCUGGAACCCGGGCAACCUCAGGAACUCCAAGAACUACCUACUUGAAAGGAAACGCUGGAGAAAAGGGUGAAAGAGGAGACCCAGGGUCUGAGGGAGAAGUUGGAAGUCCCGGGAGGCUGGGAGAUCCAGGUCCAAAGGGCGAGAAAGGGGAAACGGGAGUGAUGGGGUUACCAGGACCAAGGGGCACCAGUGGUUUGGAUGGAUCUCCAGGUCGUGAUGGGACAUUAGGUCCUCCAGGCAACCCCGGUAUUCCAGGAUUUCCUGGCUGGCCUGGACUGAAGGGUGAACGAGGAGACCCAGGUCUCCCUGGCAAGACCAGCAUUUUUGACGGACUCAUUCCCAAAGGUCCGAAGGGUCAGCAGGGUCCAGCAGGAGAUCGAGGAGAGUGGGGAGACGUAGGACCCACAGGGCCUCAGGGGCCCCAGGGUCCUCCUGGUGACACCAGCUACUAUCGAGGCCGCCCCGGAGUUCCAGGGACACCAGGGUUCCGAGGAUUUAAAGGAUACAAAGGGGACAGGGGAGAGCCGGCUGUCCUGCCCGGAUACCCAGGGUUUCUAGGUGCUCCGGGACCUCCGGGCUUACCUGGUCGCCCAGGUCCAGCGUCCUCUCCAGAGCUGAUUGGGGAUCCCGGGGAACCAGGAGACCAGGGCUACCCUGGUCAGAGGGGGCCAAGUGGAAACAAAGGAGAAGCUGGACUCUGUGCCUGCACAACCAGGGACGUUGCGCCACCUGGACAUCCUGGUCUCAUCGGGUUUCCUGGAAUUCCCGGGAUAUAUGGAACCACAGGUCCCCUGGGAGAUGAAGGAACUCCAGGACUGGGCGGAAUUCCCGGAGUUUCUGGUGAGCCCGGGGACCCUGGUGCUCCUGGCCCAAAGGGGCAGAAGGGCGAAUCCAUCUUCAUCUCCACCAUCAGCACCAAAGGUGCGAAAGGGGACAUAGGAGAACCUGGUCUGACUGGGGCUCCUGGAAGACCCGGAACUCCAGGAAAGGAUGGAAGACCCGGGAGGCAAGGAGAACUGGGACGUCCUGGUGAAGCACAGAGAGGACCCUCUGGUGACCCAGGGACCCCAGGCGCUCGUGGCAGGAAGGGAUUGCCGGGAUUCCCAGGCACACCUGGGCUAGUAUUCCAAGGCCCCAAUGGGAGUCCAGGGCUGCCUGGAGACAUCGGAGCCGAAGGUGUCCCUGGAACAGAAGGUUAUCCAGGUGAACCAGGUGACCCAGCUGCGGAGUGCCCCACGGAGCCGGAAGCAUGGAGGGGAGAAGGGGAUUACCUAGCAGGUGUUGGUUGUGGGAUCCCAGGACAACCAGGAGCGCCGGGAGCACCAGGAGUACCUGGAGAGACAGGUGAAAAGGGUCAGCAAGGAUUGCCAGGAAUAUCCAGGCGAGGAUUUCCAGGGCGGAAAGGAUACAUCGGAGCCCCAGGACCAGGAAUUCCAGGCCCAGAAGGAUUCGUCGGGCCGCGAGGCAAGAAGGGGGAGCCCGGCGUGGCGGGCCUGCCAGGGCGAGAAGGGCCGAAGGGUCGGCCUGGAGGUCAGGGUCAACCUGGGCUGAAGGGCUGGCAUGGGGACGUGAUCGGAGCAGAGCCUGGGUUUCCAGGAGAGCCCGGACCCCAGGGGCAGCCCGGAGUGAAGGGAAUUCCUGGAGAUGAAGGCAAGAUCGGAUUCCCAGGAACGGAUGGAGGGCAGGGAGCACCGGGUCCCAAAGGGGAGCAAGGGCAGCCUGGAGCACCCGGACCUGCAGGAUUCCCCGGAGAAAAGGGGCCUCCUGGUACCAUUGGACAGCCAGGACAGCCAGGGUUACAGGGAGUGCCAGGGCUACCUGGAUUCAUGGGUCAACAGGGUCAGAAAGGAAGCCGUGGAGAUCUAGGUCCCCCUGGUCCAUCUGGGAUGAAAGGACUACCUGGUGUUCCUGGUGAGAUAGGUCCCCCCGGAGACCAAGGCUUUCCCGGGCCGAGUGCUCCAUAUGGUGUAGAUGGGCUGCCAGGACUCGAUGGGCUGAAGGGUGCGAAAGGUUCACCGGGAAUCAUGGGCUUUCCUGGUGCCAGUGGCUUCAGAGGUCAACCUGGAAGCAGGGGCGGGAAGGGCGAAGGUGGAUUUCCUGGAAACAAAGGAAUUGCAGGAUUCCGAGGACUGAAAGGACUGAAAGGUGACAGAGGAGACAGGGGUCCCCCUGGCCCACCCCCACCCAUCGAACCACACAUGAUGAAGAGAGUGAAGGGGGACAAGGGCGAGUCUGGUUUCUCUGGAGGACCUGGAUUCACUGGCCCCAGAGGGAGUAAAGGAAUGCCUGGUUACCCAGGCCAAGGAGGAAGACCUGGUUUUCCCGGAACUCCAGGACAACAGAAAGGCAAGCCAGGAUUACCAGGAUUACCGGGAGAACCUGGAAGUAAAGGAAUGCCGGGGAUCCCAGGCCCUCCGGGUAUCAGUGGCUUUCCUGGGAUGCCGGGUGAGAAGGGUUUUGUGGGUGUCCCCGGAUUACCUGGAACCCUGGGAGAGCCUGGAGCCACCGGACCUAAAGGUGAUGUGGGAGACACGAUGAGCAUAAGCGGACUGCCUGGGUACAAGGGUGAAACAGGGUCACCAGGGGUCAAAGGCAAAUCCGGACAGGCAGGUCCCCAAGGGGAAGCCGGGAAAAGCGGAGAGACCGGCAUCGAGGGAAUGAAGGGGGUGUAUGGUGAUGCUGGCUUCCAAGGAAGACAGGGCUCUCCCGGAUCUCCGGGCUCGCCGGGUGGCCCAGGGUGGCAGGGUCCGAAAGGAUCAUCCGGCCCUCCAGGAUUUCCGGGAUUCCCAGGAUUCCGAGGCACCAAAGGUUUCAGGGGCCCUGACGGUUUGCCGGGUUUAGACGGGUUAAAGGGAUCGAAAGGCUUCGUGGGGUCUCCAGGUGUGAGCGGGAAAGGAGUGGAAGGCCUUUCUGGGGAAGCGGGUGAAAAGGGAGAGAGAGGAGAACCGUACACACAGCUGGGGGAUCCUGGUCACCCCGGAUCGCCUGGACCCAGGGGCGACAUUGGUCACCAAGGUCCUGUUGGCUCACCCGGACCUCCAGGGCCACCUGGACCCCUAUUCCCUUCUGACAAGCCAGGAGCACCAGGAGACCCAGGACCGAAGGGGUUGGAUGGAGCCCCAGGUUAUCCUGGCCUACAGGGCUCACCAGGAAGAGGGGGCUUCCCUGGGAUCAAGGGUGAGAGGGGAGACCAAGGAAAAGAAGGAUUUUCUGGACCACAUGGAUCCAGGGGUGAGGUGGGGAAGCCUGGUCUUCCCGGAAUCAAUGGCAUUCCCGGCAAGAAAGGAGAAAAGGGUGACCAGGGGAUGAUGGGAUUCCCUGGGGCGAAGGGUCUGCCUGGAGAUCGCGGAGCUCCUGGUGUGAAGGGAUUUUUUGGGCAGCCAGGUUUGAAGGGAUCACCUGGUCCUCAGGGCCCAGAACCUGAUUGGCAAUAUAUCGAUGCACCCAGAGGUUCUCCUGGGCUGCCUGGGAGAGCUGGACGACAUGGACUUCCUGGAGACCCUGGUCCAAAAGGACCUCAUGGUGAUCGAGGUCCCAGGGGUCCGAAGGGCCAUCAGGGACUUCCAGGCCCCAGCAACCUGCCCGGUACACCGGGCUUGCCAGGAGAAUCAGGAGCGAUGGGACAACAGGGUCCUCAGGGACUCGAAGGAGUGCCAGGACCACCUGGCGUCCGUGGCAUGACAGGAAUGCCAGGCCGCAGUGUCAGUGUUGGAUACCUACUGGUGAAGCACAGCCAGUCGGAGCAGGUGCCACCGUGUCCCCUGGGGAUGAACCGGCUGUGGGACGGGUACAGCCUGUUGUACGUCGAAGGGCAGGAAAAAUCCCACAACCAGGACCUGGGACUGGCUGGCUCCUGCAUGCCUCGCUUCAGCACCAUGCCCUUUGUGUACUGUAACAUCAAUGAGGUGUGUCACUUCGCCAGCCGGAAUGACAAGUCCUACUGGUUGUCCACCAACGCUCCCAUCCCGAUGAUGCCCGUGGCGGAUGAAGAGAUCAAGCAGUACAUCAGCCGUUGCUCGGUGUGCGAGGCUCCCUCGCUCGCUGUGGCUGUCCACAGCCAGGACAUCACCAUCCCCAUGUGUCCGCUGGGCUGGCGCAGCCUGUGGAUCGGGUACUCCUUCCUCAUGCACACGGGUGCAGGCAAUGAGGGAGGCGGCCAGUCGCUGGUGUCGCCGGGAAGCUGCCUGGAAGAUUUCCGCACCACCCCCUUCGUGGAGUGCAGUGGGGCCCGGGGAACCUGCCACUACUUUGCCAACGAGCACAGUUUCUGGCUGUCCACCGUCGAUCCGGACCAGCAGUUCCAGGAGCAGCCAGUGCCUGACACCCUGAAGGCCGGACAGCUGCUGACGCGGGUGGGGCGGUGUCAGGUCUGCAUGAAGAACUUGUAACGGCACCCUCAGUAACAACCCCCCCGCCCCAGCUGCCCUGCCCCAUUCCCAGCAGGACUCCCGCUCUUUGUUCCUCAAAUUUACCCGGCCACCUGCUGCUUGUAACCACCACCUGCUGGUCCGACGCAGUCGACGCCCACGGACUGACCGUUCGCACCGGAUACCGGCCCUGCUCCCUCCCCCCUCCUGGGAUCGGCCCCCCAUCCCAGAAAUCCCAGCACAUAUCCUCAGGCUGCGGCUCCUCGCUGGGCUGGAGGGAAUGCCUCACUCCCCGAAGGAGGAGGGAGGGAUCAGCCCACUGCCUGAGGAGGGAGCGAGCGCCUCAUUUCCAGAGGGAGAGGAAAGGAACAUCUUACUGCCCGAGGAAAUGGAGGCUCGGAGUGAGGGAGUGCGGCACUGCCUGAGGGUGGAAGCAGAGGGUGCUCACGAGCUGGCGUUGGUUGUGGGGGUGUA